AUUAGAAAAGCACACGAACAAUCAUCAGAUAGUACAAUUUGAUACGCGACGACUCCCACAACUUUUAUUAUAUAUAUGGAGACGCGAAAGAGACUAUUCUAAUAGACCAGAGGUUAUACAAUUAUACGGGCAACUACGACAGGAAUAUCAAUGUUAACAAAGAACAGUAUCCUUUCUAUUGUGAACCAACUGAAAAUAUGUUCAAGUAGAAAGCAGCUGGAAUCCCUUUACUCUUUGAUGCUAAAGAAUGGUGCAACCAAAGACUGUUUCUUGAUGAACCAGUUCAUCGCUACAUGUUCUGCACUUAAUAACCCAGAUUUUGCAUCCUUUGCAUUUUCCCAGAUGGAAAAUCCCAAUGUGUUCGUUUACAACGCAUUAAUAAGAGCUUUUGUUCAUUGUCACAUCCCGCAUAAAGCAUUACUGUUGUAUAUAGACAUGUUAAGAACUCAAAAUAUUCCAAGUAGCUAUACAUUUUCAUCGGUAGUUAAGGGUUGUACAUUGAUGUGUGGUCUAAGAUUAGGGGAAUGUAUACAUGGGAAGAUUUGGGAAUAUGGGUUUGGAUCCCAUGUUUUUGUUCAAACUAGUCUGAUUGAUUUUUACUCUAAUUUGGCUAGAGUUGAUUUAGCGAGAUUAGUGUUUGAUGAAAUGCCUGAAAGAGAUAAUUUUGCUUGGGCUGCAAUGGUUUCAGCCCAUGCCGGCACUGGCGAUUUGGGUUCCGCUAGAAAAUUGUUUGAUGAGAUGCCUGAAAAGAUUACUGUUGCUUGUAAUGCUAUGAUCAAUGGGUAUGCGAAAACAGGGGAUGUCGAGUCGGCUGAGCUCUUGUUUAAGGAAAUGUCAAGGAAGGAUUUGAUUGCAUGGACGACGAUGAUUAACUGCUACUCUCAAAACAGGAAGUAUGGUCAGGCUAUAGAGGUUUUUUAUGAAAUGAAGAGUAACUUGAUCACUCCUGAUGAAGUAACAAUGACAACUGUUAUUUCUGCUUGUGCACAUCUCGGCGUCCUGGAUCAAGGAAAGGAGAUGCAUCUUUAUGUUAUGCAAAAAGGUUUUGAUCUUGGUGUGCAUAUCGGGUCUGCAUUAAUUGACAUGUAUGCAAAAUGUGGGAGUUUGGAGAGAUCACUCUUGGUAUUCUAUAAAUUGAGAGAGAAAAAUCUUUUCUGUUGGAAUUCUGCUAUCGAUGGAUUGGCUGUUCAUGGUUAUGCAGAAGAAGCGUUAGCUCUUUUUAGCAGGAUGGAGAAAGAAAAGGUAAAGCCAAAUGGUAUUACUUUCGUCAGCGUUCUUACAGCUUGUACUCAUGCAGGGCUUGUUGAGAAGGGUCGAAAGAAUUUUCUAAGUAUGACUCAAGAUUAUGGCAUUGUUCCUGAAAUGGAGCACUUCGGGUGCAUGGUUUAUCUAUUGUGUAAAGCUGGUUUGCUAGAGGAAGCACUCGAGGUUAUAAGAAGCAUGAGAGUGGAGCCAAAUGCUGUUAUUUGGGGUGCUUUACUUGGUGGUUGCAAGCUUCAGAAGAACUUGGAAAUUGCUCAAGUUGCAGUCAAAAAGUUGAGCGUUUUGGAGCCAAACAACAGUGGCUAUUACACCCUCCUAGUGAACAUGUACGCUAAUGCAAAUAGAUGGAGUGAAGUUGCCCGGAUCAGGGCAUUCUUGAGAGAGCUAGGAGUAGGAAAAGAACAACCGGGUUCCAGUUGGAUUGAAUUAAAGAAAAAGAUCCAUCAGUUUGCAGCGUGUGAUAAUUAUCACCAUUCUUCACAGGAGAUCUAUUCCUUACUAGAUGGAUUAGAUGGGCAACUUAAGCUGGCUGGUCAAGUUCAGGAGCGUGAAUUUGUUCUCUAAUGACAGGACAAAGGCAUCGUUGACAUUAUAGGCUUCAUUGUCAAAUUGUCUAAGUAUUUUGUAUUCUGUUCAGUGGAUUCAAACCUGGACUGUACAUUCGAAGUGGCAAAAAAAAAGCUAAUUUGUUGCGCAAGCUGUUGACAUGUUGGACGUCACCAGUAGGUCAAUACAACACCCUUUCGUCUGCGCAGGAAGGCCCGCCUCAUUUCUUUUUGCAUAGACGGCAAAAAGAAAAGCGUUGGGAACAAGGGGGAAA